AUGGGCCUCUACAACAACCCCAUCCUCCCAGGCUUCAACCCCGACCCCUCCAUCAUCCGCGUCGGGUCCGACUACUUCCUCGUCACAUCCUCCUUCGAGUAUUUUCCCGGUGUGCCCAUCUACCACAGCAAGGAUCUCAUCCGGUGGACGCUGAUCGGGCACGCGCUGACGCGGCGCUCGCAGCUGGACGUGCGCACGCCCGAGGCCGGCGGCGGCAUCUGGGCACCGACGAUCCGCUGGCACGACGGCGUCUUCUACAUCACGACGGCGUGCUUCGACCGCUACCGGCCGCAGGCGGACGACCGGGUGUGGCCGCGCGGGUUUUACGUCAAGACGGAGAAUGUGUGGGAGGAGGGGAGUUGGUCGGAGCCGGUGUGGUUGGAGCAGGUGGGGUUUGAUCAGGAUCUCUUCUUCGACCCCCCGCACACCUACCUCUCCACCACCCUCCGCAAAUCCCCCCGCACCACCAUCCUGCCCCCCGGUCACCCCCCGCUCAAAGACUUCGCCAUCCACCUCUCCCGCCUCGACCUCGCCACCGGCCGCGCGCUCUCCGCUCCGCGUCUCAUCCGCGAGUCGCUCGUCGGCGCCGGCGUCGCAGAGGGCUCGCACCUGUUUAAGCGCGGCAAGUGGUACUACCUCUUCACGGCCGAAGGCGGCACCGAGGGCGGCCACAACGAGGUCGUCUGCCGCAGCGACGUGGGGCCUGAGGGACCGUGGGAGGUGGGGCCGACGGUUUUGGGGGUGGGGGCUAUGGGGGAUGGAGACGGGGACGAAGAGGUGGGGAGCUGUGGGCAUGCGGAUUUGGUCGAGGAUGAGCAGGGCAGGUGGUGGGCGGUGUUUUUGGGGGUGAGGAAGGGGGGAGGGGCAGGAGGGGCGGGGGGGAUGUCGGUGUUUGGGAGGGAGACGUUCCUCGUGCCGGUGACGUGGGUGGAUGAUUGGCCGGUGUUCAACGGCGGGAAGAGAGUCGGGCUCGUGGGCGAGGCGGAGGGGCUGUAUCAGCUUGCUUCGUCGCCGGCGUGGCGGGAUGAUUUCGGGGCGGAGAAGAUGCAGCUGGGGUGGUAUCGCAAGAAUACGCCGGUGGUGGAGGACUUCUCGCUCACUGAACGGCGCGGGUUCCUGCGGUUGUAUGGUGGCCCGUACACGCUUUCCACGCCGGCCUGCCCGACGUUGUUUCUUCGCAAGCAGACGCACGAUCCGGUGACGUGGGAAACGAAGCUGUCUUUCAGGCCGGAUUCGCCCAGGACCGAGGCCGGUGCUGUCGUGUACUGGAACCAACAUACUUACUCGAGCAUCGGCAUUCGCAAGACACCAGGAAACAGAACACCUGGUGGGAGGAUAAUACGGUUUCGUAACGCUGAAGGAGAGACGACGGACUAUGAGCUGCAGUCGUUGGAGUCGGACGUUGUACUGACGAUUAAAUCGGAUCAUGGAUAUGAGUUGGGAUUCAGGGAGCUUGGGCUGCAAAGUGAAAAGGUAGAAGUGAAAUGGCUGGGGCGGGUGAGUAGCGAAGUCAUGACAAGAAACCCAGACGUUGGAGCGGCUUUUACGGGCAUGAUGUUCGGCUUAUAUGAAUUUGGCGAGCUGGAACAAUGCUUCGCGCCAGCCGAUUUUGAAUAUGCCGCAUUUUAUUAG